AUGGAACACAUCAGUAGCUCGCACAAUCCAUUUGCGACACCACUGGUUGCAACACCAGCUGAAUCGAUUCGUUCGAGGAGGCUACAUUCGGGGUUGGAAGAUGCGACAGGUGAGAUUGACAUCAAACCAACUUCGGGUAUUCACUUCAAUUCUCUAACCACUGUUACAGUCACCGUGACCCCAACUCGCCCGCGACGCCGGUUUAAAAGCUCUCGACUAGUUGGAGAAUUUGAAAAGCCUUGGCUCCUUGAGAAGAAAAGGCAAUGGAAUUGGGAUAGCAUCAUAUUCUACACGUGUGUAGGAAUUGCACUAGCCAUCUCCGGCUACAUUUGUUGGUCGGCCUACGCGGAAGUUCCCAAACACGAGUGGUGUAUGGUCCUGGAUGAAGAUUUUGCCACGCUUGACACCAAGAUCUGGAAUCAUGAGGUACAGCUGAAUGGGUUUGGAACCGGCUCCUUCGACUGGACCACAACAGACCCGAGAAAUUCCUACGUUGACGCCGAAGGACUUCACAUUGUUCCCACACUCACUCUUGAUGACACUCACUACACAGAAGCACAACUUUUGAACAACACCUGGCUGAAUCUCACCGCUGACGGAACUUGCACAUAUUCCGUGCAGCGUACGUCUACACUGGCCGAUUGGAGUCCAUGCGAAGUGUACAGCAAUACGACCUCUGGACAGAUUCUCCCCCCGGUUCGCUCGGCCCGUCUCACCACGAAGGGAAAGAAGACUAUCAAGUAUGGUCGAGUUGAAGUGGUUGCCAAAUUGGCCAAGGGGGAUUGGCUGUGGCCUGCGAUCUGGAUGAUGCCUGAAGACUCGGUCUACGGAGAAUGGCCCAAAAGUGGAGAGAUCGAUAUCAUUGAGUCGCGUGGAAAUGACGCACAGACCUAUUCACUUGGUAACAAUAUUGUGACUUCGACCCUGCACUGGGGAACGACCUAUCUCAACGACGCUUACUUGAAAAGUACAUCCGAUUGGGGCGCCCAGCGAACCAAGUAUGGUGAAGGUUAUCACACAUACGGUCUCGAAUGGACUGAGGACUAUCUCUUCACUUGGUUGGAUGGUCGGCUCCGACAAGUGCUCUACUUUGACUUCACCAAGAACGUGGACAUGUGGACCUACGGUGGCUUUGCCGGAAGCACUGUCAACAAGACAGUCCCCAGCAACCCAUGGAGUGGUAGCACUCGCAAGAAUACUCCUUUCGACCAGGAAUUCUACCUGAUCCUCAAUGUGGCCGUUGGUGGUACAAACAACUACUUCCCUGAUAAUCUCGGUGGGAAGCCUUGGGUGGAUGCCAGUUCCAGCGCGAUGAAAGAGUUCUACUUGGCUCAGAACGCAUGGUUACCUUCGUGGGGCACCCCGGAAGAACGUGGUAUGAUUGUCAAGUCGGUCAAAAUGUGGCAGCUCGGUCGUUGCGGGUGA